UGUGUUAGUAGUUAAACCAAUCAAAUUUCUUUUUUGCACGUGACUAUAAGAAUGUCACAUGAUAUCAAAAUGGAAGAUAUACCGAUCUGAAAAUUUAUGGAAGCAAAGGUAUGAGUAAAGUAUUGUUGUUAUAGAUUUACAUCACAAAGAUUUAUUAAACAUGACGCUGUCCGAUGGUGAAGAAUCACAGUCGCUGAUAAUAGACAAAACCCGUACUCAAUAUGGAACAGUCCAGCAAUCACAAGAUGGCGGUCAUGAUUUUAGAGGACAAAACAAGGAUUUGUAUAGUCAGGUUCAACAGAUUCAGGAUAAAGAACUGAACAUCAAGGUAUAUAAGAGAAGAUGGUAUAUCCUGUUUGUAUAUGGUAUGAUGGCAAUGACCCAGUGCGCUGUGUGGAACACAUUUAGCCCUAUCUCUGCUGUUGGUGAACGUGUCUUUGGCUGGGAUACAGCUGGACUGUCAUUACUUACAAACUGGGGACCAAUUUCAUACCUUCUUGGGACUUUUGCAUUUUCUUGGAUACUUGAUGUGAAAGGUUUACGACCAGCUUGUGUCCUCAGUGCAUUUUUGGUUGCUGCUGGAACCGGUUUAAGAUGCAUUACUUCCAAGUCUUCUGUUGCAACUCCACUGAUUCAUUUUGGUCAGUUUUUAAAUGGCCUUGCCGGACCUAUUGCAAUGGGGGCGCCACCUUCUCUAUCUGCCGAAUGGUUCCCACCAGAGCAGAGAACAACGGCCACUGCCAUAGCAACUGUAACAAACACACUUGGUUUGGCAGUGUCAUUCCUUCUGGGUCCUUAUCUUGUACCAGAACAGAAGUUUCACCAGAAUAGAACAGAAGCUCUGAAUUCUAGUUUGCAGUUAUUAGACAGUUAUGGAGUGUUGUUAUCAGCUUCAAAUGUUUCAAACAGUUCUUCACCAGAAUAUGAUGUACCUGCUGAAAGAGACUCUGUUAUGAGGUAUAUGUAUUAUUCAUUCGGAUUUUCAGGAUUUUGUUUCUUGUUGUUUUUUACAUAUUUCCCAUCCAAACCACCACUUCCUCCAAGCCCCACAGCAUCUUUGGUCAGGCUUGACUUUAAGUUAGGAAUUUUGAAACUUUUAGGAAAUCGUACAUUUUGGUUGAUCUGCUUCAUAUAUGGACUUUCAAUGGGUAUCCUUGGAUGUUUUAAUGGUGUGUUAGAUGUCAAUCUCAAAGAUCAUAACAUAUCUCAAACAGAGGCAGCCUGGCUUGGUUUCUAUGGAGUUGUAGGUACAUGUGUUGCCUGUAUUGUUGUAGCAAGGGGUGCUGAUAUAUUUGCCAAGCACAUGAAAUGGAUUUUAAUAGCUUUGUACAUUGUUGGUGGUGGCUGUUUCCUUCUGUUUACUUUGGCUCUGAUCUCUGUGGUACCAGAUACUGAUGCUGUGAUAUAUUCUACCUACAUCAUUGCAAAUGUUUUCCUUGGUGGUGCAUCUCCCUUGUUUUUUGAAAUGGCAUGUGAAGUGACGUAUCCAGUGGCAGAAGGGGUUACAAAUCUCGUUCUGACUUUAGUGAAUAACAUUGCAGGAUUAUUGUUUCUUUGCGUACAGCUGCUUCCAAUAGGGACUAUGUGGGAGAACUGGUGCCUGGUUGGAUCAGUAUUUCUGUGUUUACCCGUACUUCUUCUCUUAAAAGAACGAUAUAACCGACUUGAUAUUGAUAUAGUUGUGGAAGAAAAACACUCAAACGAUGAAGAUGGUGAAUGAUUUGAUCAUGUGUACAUAUUCAGGUCAUUUUCUGACGGAUAAUUUUCAAAUAUAAAUACACAUUGAAAUUGAACACUUAAAAUAGUACUAUCAAAAUUAUGUGAUAUUGAAAUUGUAUUGGUUAUAUUUUGAAAAGUGGAAACUACAUGUAAAUUUAUAUUAAGAUGAUUUUUGUAAUGGAAAUUACAUCAUUAUCAAAAUAUCUAAUUGAUGAACCAUGAAAUAUACCGAAUGAUUCCUACCGAUAAUUGAAAUAAUUUACAACUCUACACAAGUCUUUGUCCAAAUCGGUUAUGAAUCAUUCUCGGAGCAAUCCUUAAAAUAUUUGACGUAAAACUUGCUUGUGAGUAAAUUCAUUUCUUCAUCCUAAAAUAUAGAUUUAACACUCUGUAAUUGCUUUA